AUGUUUACCCACAACAACAUUGAUUUCUGGUCUGGUGACAUUGUUCUGUUAAAAGAUUGCUUGCCUAACAUUCACUUUCUGGUGGAAUCUUUCUAUACAAUGGAUACAUCUAAUGUUUUCUCUUGUGAAUAUAUUGUUCGAACUCCAAAAGAUGGUUGUAGCAUUGGCAUCGAAAUCAAUCAUACUGACAUAAAUAUUGAAUCAUUUCUCUCUGUCAACACAACCCCAUUAAACACCUCCUUAUGUUGCAGCAUCUCUCCUGACACAAUUAUCUCGCUCAUUCCAACUCAUCAUAAAUUACUUGAAGAACAUUUUCUGAAGAGGCUUAUAUGCGACGGAACUGACCAAGAAAACAACCAAAAAAAAUAUUACAAGGUAAAGAUUGCAUCUGUAAUUCUUUUCUCAGAUGAUACUUCUGGAAACACCUCUAAGCAAUUUAAUCCAUACAAGAGCUGGUCAAUGAAAUAUGUGGCCCUCUCUUUUGAAGAAAGGUGCUCCAUAGAGAAUAUCUUAUUUAUAUCAGCAAUUCCAAAGAAGAAAGGUGCAAACGCUGCCUCGUUGUUACCUGAAAUUGUUGAUGAUUUGAAGAAGCUAGAAAACGGUGUGGUAAUGUUCUCUGCAAAAGAUAAUGCAUAUGUUCUUGUGGUAUCUCCUUUACUUUGGAUUGAGGCAGAUACACCUUGUCACUCAGAGCUUUGCGGUUUAGGUGCGCCCAACUCAACUUACCCUUGUAGAAAGUGCUACAUUAAAUUGCAAAGUCGAAUCCCCAAGUUGAACGAAGUUGAAUACUAUACUAACAGGCAUCCAACAAGAACCAAGGAUCAUUAUAUCCAGGCCGCUUCUACACCAGACAGAGAUACAGUGAUCCCUGAUAUUCCUUACUUUGACAAUAAAAACACAGCAGAAGAGUUAAGUUUUAAAAACAAGUCAACAGACAAACAGCUAGAACUUAAAGCAUAUGACCAGUCAAAAGACACUCCUGAUGAAAUAUUGCACUACAUUCUCCUUGGCAUUGCAAAGUAUCUUAUCACCGAUCUGGUUAAAGUUGUCUUGAACAAAAACAAAAAAGAACUAGAAGAACUGUUUGAUUACGUUAAAGACUACAAAAAUUCCAGAGGCAUAUCAAGAGCAUUUACAAGGUCUCUCACCCAUGCCGGUUCAUUUCUUGGUAGAGACUUCAAGGUACUAAUCCAAAUACUUCUGGUAAUCCUGGCCAUAAAUCAAUACGAGACAUAUAUCAGUGAAGUAGACUCUGCCGUUAGAAGUCUAAUUGAAGCCCUACACAAAUACGACACUAACUGUAAACAUAAAAAACAUGCAUUCUAUACGUCCAAGCCAAAAGUCCAUCUGUUGACCCAUCUACCUGAAGAUUUACGAAGAUUUGGGCCUGCUCUUAACUACAAGACCGAAAAGGGAGAGCAGUUCAACAAGCACAUUCGUGAACACUUGUUUCAUACAAACCGUAUGAAUAUAUCGAAAGAUAUAUGUCUCAAAUUUGGUAAACAAUAUAUGACAAGACAUAUUAUUGAUGGUGGUUCAUGGAUAGGCAAGAAUGGUUUAAGGGAAACCUGUGGAAAAGCUAUUGCAGAAUACAUGCAACAAAACUCUGAUGGGAAAUUCCAUGAAACUUUGCUCGGUGGGUCCAGAGAAUUUGUAGACAACAACGGUACAGGUUUGACCCCUGGAAGGAUAUUAAAAGACAAUACAUUUGCUCUAUUUAGACAAAGCAAUGGACAUAUCAUCAUUGGAAUGGUGCUUUUUUCUAAAGUAUACCAUUUGUAUAUCGAAUAUCCAUCCGCACAUGCUGUUAACAACAAUUAUUGUCUAGCACUCAAAUAUGCUGAUGAUAUAUACACACCACUAGAUGAAUUGAAGGUUGUUUGUCUAUUAGACAUGCAUCUGAAAGUUGGCUGUAAAUAUGUUGUUAACCUCAACAAAUUUGGUUCAUACUGGUCCUUCCUUUAUUCCUUUUAUUAA